CCACGCCCCCCUGGCUCCGUCCCUCAUCUUCCUCCUCGCGCGAGCGCCGCCACCCCUCCCUCCCCAUCCCUUUGCUCCCCCAGACGACGCAUCCCGGGGCGUGACGCUGCUCUGCACGGCUUGGACCGAUGACGAGGACCAACGGCGCGAGCGGCGGCGGCGGUGGGCAGCAGGCUGCGGGAAAGCUCCCGCGGAAGCGCUUCUACCGGGCGCGCGCGCACAGCAACCCGCUCAGCGACUCGCACUUUCCGAUCCCCAUAUCUCCCGACGACGUGGAACUCUCGCAGCACUACCCGCGCUACUUCCCCGCCGAUAAGGACGAGCACGGCGAUGGCGAGGUGGCGGCGCCCCGGAUCCGCUUCGCGGAUGUUGGGUGUGGGUUUGGUGGGUUGCUCGUCGGGCUUUCACCGAUCUUCCCGGACAAGCUCAUGAUAGGCAUGGAGCUGAGGGACAAGGUGACUGAGUAUGUCAAAGAGAGAGUUUUAGCUUUAAGAGCAUCAAACCCAGGACAGUACGACAACAUAUCCGUUGUGCGCACCAAUUCAAUGAAAUACAUUCCGAACUACUUCAGAAAGGCUCAGCUCUCCAAAAUGUUCUUCCUUUUCCCUGAUCCUCACUUUAAGGAGAAGAACCAUCGGCGGAGGGUGAUUAGCAUGCAGUUACUCGAUGAGUAUGCUUAUGUCAUGGAAGUGGGAGGAAUUAUAUAUACUAUUACAGAUGUAGAAGAGCUUGGUAUAUGGAUGCGUUCAUGUCUGGAGAAACACUCACUCUUCGAAGCUGUUCCAGACGAAGAGAUAAAAGUCGAUCCAGUUGUCAAGUUAUUGUCUACAGCCACUGAAGAAGGCCAGAAGGUCGCGAGAAAUGGAGGGCAAACUUUCCAGGCCAUCUUCAGGCGCAUCUCCUUACAAGAGGAAUAAGCAAUUUUGCAAGUUGCUAGCUAUCAGCACAAAUGCACUUUCCCGCACUGCACCAAAUUGAUUUCUGCCAGUUGUAUACAUUUGUGUAGCGUAGCAGAAUUUUGCUGUUUAAGGUUGUAUUCAUUAUUCAGUACUUAGCAUAGUUCUGCUGUCCGAAAUGUUUGCCUCUAUAUUACCAGCCUUUUAAGGCAUUGCAGUGAGUUCUAGCUCUUAGACAAGGAGAGUUUCUGCCAUGUUGUAGAACUUGCAUGCAUCAUUACAUCUUUGGAAAAUUGGUAUGUCUGUUUGGAAAUUUAUACCAGGUGCAUUUCCUAUUGUGA